CCGAACCUCGCCCGAACCUCGUUGACGCUAACGUGACGCUGAAAAAGGAGGAUUACAGUAUCAUAUUUGGUUGCUCUAUAAUACGGCAUUGGGUCCUGCAAAAUAUCCCAGCGGUUUCCAGUUAUUUGUUCUUUGGUUUCUUUUUAAGUAAUGUCAUUAUUGUUCAUUGGGAGUAGUAGAAGGACUUUGACACCUCUAUGGACAUGCUCCUCUUGUCGAAGGAGGAUCUCCAAGCUAGCCACCGCUGGAACGGCCAGGCCUACAUAUAAGCUUCCAGAAACCCCAGCACGAACGCGUUUUGCUCCUUCUCCCACAGGAUACCUUCAUCUUGGGUCACUGAGGACUGCCCUUUUCAGCUAUUUGCUGGCCAAAUCUACGAAUGGCCAGUUCCUCCUCCGUAUUGAAGAUACAGAUCAGCCCAGGACAGUCGCAGAUGCCGAGACUAGGAUAAAGGAGGAUCUGAAAUGGGCAGGCUUGCACUGGGAUGAAGGGCCAGAUGUGGGCGGCCCGUACGGUCCAUAUAAACAAUCUGAAAGAUUGGACAUCUAUCGGGACCAUGCCACUAAACUUCUCGAUACCGGUAGAGCAUACCGAUGCUUUUGUCCCAGGGAAAAGCGGAACUUGGGCGAGGCGGGCUUACAUGCAUCUGCUGGGUUUAAGUCGCACGAUUGCAAUCGAGUGAGCAAGGAUACAUCUGAUGGCAGGGCUGCUCAUGGUGAUCCAUUUGUUGUCCGAUUAAAGCUUCCCGAAUACACGAAGCGGUAUAGAGACCUCGUCUUUGGAAAUGUGGCGAGCUCAAAAGUAUCCCCAAUGGAUGCGGAUCCAGUUCUCAUGAAGUCUGAUAACUGGCCAACCUACCAUUUGGCCUGUGUUGUUGACGACCACUUAAUGGGAAUUACUCAUGUGGUUAGGGGCUCAGAAUGGAUUCCAUCUGUACCUACACAUCACCACCUAUAUGAUGCGUUUGGAUGGCAGCCGCCAACCUUUGGGCAUGUGGGACUUCUCACCGAUCUGAACGGACAGAAACUUAGUAAACGGAACUUUGAUCUGGAUAUUUCUGCAUUCAGAAACAUGGGUGUGCUGCCGGAUGCCCUCUCCAACUUUGUUGCACUUUUGGGAUGGUCGCAUACCCAAAAAAAAGACACCAUGGAUCUUCAGGAGUUGGCAAAAAAUUUUUCUACAAAAUUUACCAAAGGCGAUACCAAAGUAUCAUUUGACAAGCUCUGGUUCCUCCAGAGGCAGCAUGCGCAAAGGAUCAUCACCUCCGCUAAGACUCCCGAUGAUGUUCAGUCUAUAAUUCAGCCCGUCUUGGCCGCCCUAAAACAAAACUGCUCGUCAUGGGUUAUUCCGGAGAGUGGCACGCCAGCCGACCAGCAGGACCGACUUCUCCAGAUCCUGAAAUCGGAUGCGCCAAAUUAUAAGAAUGCCGGUGAUUUCGUCGAGCGUCACAAGUAUACAUUUGAUGGGCCAUCUGCUGAGGAUCUCAUCUCUAUCAAAUCACCCAUAACUGUUCUCGGGCAUUUAUGCCACUUAUCGAAUUUACCAGAAGAGGUCAAGCCCGAGGUCGUUAAUUCUAGUAUCGUCAAGGUCGUACAGCAGGUCUCCGCUAUAUUAUCUCAAGAAGACCCAUCGCUUUCUACGGAUGAGAAAGGUAAAAGGCUCCGAGCCCAUUUCUCAAAUGUCGUACAGAAUACAGUUUCGCAAAACCUACGAGAAAUCAACGUUUCUGACAACGAAGACUUAUUUGUCGCAUUGAAGAAGUCAUGGGCGGCAUUGUUACAUAAGUAUAUAAGGUGGGCAUUGGUAGCCGAUACACCUGGCCCCGAUAGUGCCAGUCUUAUAACAGCAUUGGGGCCGAUGGAAACCCUGCGGAGAUUUGACCAAGCAGAGAAAGUAGCCCUUGGUCAACUUGGGUCCAAUGAGAUGGCCGAUGUAGAGAAGUAGGAUCAAGAGAGAUGUAUAUACUAGGCGGGAAUGAGGAGUUUUGUUAGUAACGGGGAUGGGGUUCGCUGGUCUGGGAAAUCCUUUGCCUGUCCAGUGAGCAGUGUAAUAUAGUACUGUACAGAUUAUGUUAUAUAUACCCAUUUCAAGGUU